UGCGGUUGCAGUGCUCGUGCUCCUCACAGCACUGGCUUUUAGGGCGAUGGAGACAGCUGCGGUGGAGAGAACGCCCCUCGUUACCGUUGCAGCUUGCAACCUGGAUCAAUGGGCUCUAGAUUUCGAUGGCAACCUCGAAAGAGUGCUUCGCUCAAUCCGGGAAGCGAAGGCGAUGGGCUCGAGGUACCGGCUCGGGCCAGAGCUGGAGCUAUGCGGGUACGGGUGCGAAGACCACUUUUUGGAGCACGACACUUUCCUUCACUGCGAUCAGAGCCUGGCUGCUCUUUUGUCGGUGAGCAGUACAUGAGUUGAUGGGUAGCGGUGUAAUUGCUACGUUAGGACGCUGCUGCUGCAUGUUGGACCUUGUAUGUGACUACAGAUGGCCUGUCUUCAUGUUCCGAUCACAAGCGGUAGUCGGGUCUGUUGCUGCACUUCGUGAAACUGGUGUGUAUGUCGAGUAUCCUGACCUCUGAAACUCUGUUGUAGCUCUUACAUGGUCUUACGACGAAUCAGCCUACGAGCACGUACCCGUGUAGGUAUCCCACUCUGUUGAGCUGUUGACGAGGUACUGCUGUAGGGCGAAAACAAAUGUUGACUCCGUCCAUGAUGAUGAAGAUUCCCUUGGCGUCUGGGCUACAAGUAGUCCCUUUGGUUGGGUGUUCUUCUUCAUUGUAUUUCCACGGACUCAUUCUGAGAGCACAUCAGACAGCAGCUGCAUGCCCCGAGCUUGUGUACAAUGAACCAUGGUGUUAUUAUUGUACAGACAGCACUUCUGACAGCAGUACGCUGCAGUCGACAAACAUUCAUUUCGGUUAAAUGCGUGACAAGGGGAUUGAUGCUGCGGCUGUAGUCGAGUUGUAGUGUUUUUUUUUGUUUUUCUCCCAUCAUCGGAUUCUGUCGUCUGCCCCUCUGGUCCCUAUCCUCCACUUCUACUAGCUAGACGACCCAACCGGGGUCACAUAGGAGGGGGGGGCUGGACCUCCUCCUGCGGUUCUUGCCUGAAGUAUUUUUAUCGCGAGUGUGGGCGUGUAGUUCAGUUGUGAGCACGCAAACGUGCUGCAGGGAUUGCAGGUGUACCUCCUCAGGCUUGUGUACCCUUUUCUUGCUAAUAGCGUGUGUGUUCUUUAGAUCUUCUGAUGGCUCUAGCAUUUUUGUGGCCACGGACUGAGUCUUUGCUAGAUUUUAGGAUUAGCAACUGAAGCGAGUUUAACGUGAAGAAAAACAACAAGGUCGCCGGCCGAAAGCGUGGUCCGCCAUCCCCAUAUUCCGUUUCGAUUCAUAUAUAUUUUUUCUGAAAAAAAAGAAAAAGAGGGGUGAGAGCGAGACGGAUAGAGAGCGAUAAGUGCAGAGAAAGUCUCUGUUGUACUUCUCCACACGCCACAGCUACCUCCACCUGUAGGCCAUUGGGGUAGCCCGCGACAGGAUGUUGACCGAAGACAGGGUCAUAGAAGUAAGUGUUGGGUGGUCGUGGUGCAGCCGGUAGGGCAGGUUGGUCUUGCUCACCUUGGAAUGAUCAGUCGUCAACCUGCCUAAACAACUCUAUUUUCAGUAUAUCCAAAUGAUCAAUGAAAAUUAUCAGUGAGAGGGCUUGUAGACCCAUAGCGAGAACUUGUACUUCUGUACUUCUCUGUCCCCUCCCAAAUGUGAGCCCUGCCGGCUCACUACAGCUCCUGUUUUCCCACGAACACAAGCACACAACCUGCACAUCCCCAAGCUAUGGACUUGCCCACACCCGACGUCGAGGGGUACAAGGCGGGUAACCCAAAGGCCUGCCACGAGCAGUUGGUGUCCUUGAUCGCGGCGAAUCCACCACCGGAAGAUGGCACCAGCAACGAUGUGGCGCGUGCGUUCGCCUUUGAAGUGGCCGCUGGAGUUGGAGCAGAGUAUUGCGAUCAUUCCACUGCUCCCGAGCCCAUGCCUAGCAUGAAAGCCGCAGCAGCCAAGGUAGCCGCUGCGGAGCACCCGGGUUUGUGUGGCGUGUACCACGCCCACAUCAUAGCGGCCGGCAAGACCCAGGACGUGCUAGCACGAUCGGGCUCAACGGCGGCAAACAAGUACCACAAUCAAGUGAGUUUGCCACUUGAACUUGUCGCACAAGGGGCGGGUGUGGUGUUGCUGUGGGUUGCCGUACAUAGAUGCUGUUGUCUAAGGAGCACGAAGCGAAGGUACUAUAGGUACGCUGCAGCAGUCCUUGUCCCUAUGCUGCAGUGAUACACUGACUUGGACUUGAGGGUAAUAAUAGCUGCCACCUAUCUGUUCAGACUUUUCGAAUUCAAGUACACACCGAAGGCUACUCCUGUUGUGGUCUUCUUGUAUUUCCUGUUGUCGUGUCC